GCGGGGAGGUGCUGCCGCGACCCGUGCUCGCCGGCCGGGGUGUCAUGUAGCGAGCUGUGACGUCACGCAGAGCCACACUGGAGCUGUUGAGCUGUGGAGCUUCCACUGAGAUGGCGGGGAGCCUACCGUGCCUGUGGCUAGCGCUGGCCUGCGCGCUGUUGCCCGCCGCCGCCGAGCCGCCUGCGCGCCAGGCGGACGGCUGGGGCGAGUGGUCGGAGUGGGGGCCGUGCAGCCAGCCCUGCGACGGGGGCGUCUCUCGCCGCACGAGGCCCUGCCACGAGGCCCAGGGCUGUCCGGGCCUCGGCGUCCAGCGGCAAAUGUGCAACAUGCAGGUGUGUGUGAACGUGACGGACCCGCGGCGCGUGCAGUGCGCCGCCUACGACCACCAGCUGCACAGCGACGGCCGCCGCUAUCGCUGGGAGCCGUACCAGGACGUGGCCGAGCCGUGCGCGCUGACGUGCCGUGCGCGAGACCACCAGCUGGUGGAGCAGCUGGCGCCGCGUGUCAUCGACGGCACCCGCUGCCGAGACGGCAGCCUUGACAUCUGCAUCGACGGCAAGUGCGAGCCACUGGGGUGCGACCUCCGCAUCGGCUCGAACCGCUCGGUGGAUGUCUGCGGCGUGUGCGGCGGCGACGGGUCCUCCUGCGGCACCGGCGACCAUUUCUGGGUCGAGAAGAUCAUCGCGCCAUGCUCCGUGUCUUGCGGCGGAGGGUUCCAGGUGGCGCGCCCUGUCUGCAAGAGUCGGCGAAGCGGCGUGGAGGUGUCGGACGAGUUCUGCGACCACCGCCUGAGGCCACGCGACCGGCUCGUCGAGUGUGGGCUGGUGCCCUGCCAGGCCAGCUGGACCACCGACGAAUGGGGCGCGUGCAGCGCUUCCUGUGACGGUGGCCACAAACUGAGGAGGGUCUGGUGCUCGGAGACGGCCAACAACACCCUGGUGCAGGUGCCCAAAUCGCGCUGCAGCCAAGACCCGCCCACAAGCCGGGAACCGUGCAACUUCGUGGCCUGCCCCAAAUGGUACCAGGGCCCAUGGUCGGUGGCUCUGGUCAUGCUGCGGUGA